AUGCGCGUGUGUAAGUGUGGAAUCGAGAUCGUAUGUAGGAGCUUAUCUGGAUCGGAUAUCACCCGACCUGGUCCUGAUGGCCUCGCACUUUCUUUGCCCCCUCGACGGUCUAGCGGGUUCGCCUACGUUCCUCCCACAGCACAGGGUUCAAUGGGCAUUGAUCGGGUGCAUUCGGGGCUAUAUAUAGCUGUGCACAUAUGCAUGCCUGGCUUCGUGAAAGCGGCAACAUGA